GAUAGCGUGGGAUUUACAGUGAAGUUGUGCGCUGCGCGCGCGAGCAAUUUGCAUUUGGGCGACAAUGGUGGAGGCUGGAGGAGGAAGCAGUGAGAGCCCAGCUGAGCUGAAGAAGUCAAACUCGAAAAAACCCAGAAACCCUAAGGAUGCCCAGCUCCUCAAACAGACCCUCGUCGUGUUUCUUGCUUCUGCAGAAUCUCCGGCGGAGUUCUUCGCGGAUAACAAGAAUAUAGCUGGUUUUGACAAUGUGAGACCUCUCAGUGCCGAACAUAAUUACGGUCGGGCUGCGGAGAACAUUGGUAGCGGCCGGUUCUCUUCUCCUGGUCAAUGGUUGAAGCCAGGAAAAUGUUUGUAUACUACAGUUAGGGAGCUUGUUGAAAAUGCACUUGAUUCAGCUGAGUCAAUCUCUGAACUUCCUGUCAUAGAAAUAACAAUUCAAUUAUGGAUCAUGCAUUUCUUACUUGGUGCUGUAAUGGUUGAUCACUCUAGUGAAGAGAUUGGGAGGAGCAAAUUCAAUUCAAUGAUUGGUCUUGCUGACCAUGAACGUGUUGAUGCAGAGCUAUAUGAUGAUUUUGAGUCGGCCAAGGCCCGUGAGAAAAGACUUGCCAAGGAAGCUCGUCUUCAAGAAGCUCAGGCAAAGAAUGCAGCUCUUGGGAAGAAAGGCAAAGCAACAACAGCUCCAAAGCCCAUAAAGAGUCGCGAGGCUUCAUAUUAUAGGGUGACUUGUAAGGAUAAUGGAAGAGGAAUGGCACAUGAUGAUAUCCCAAAUAUGUUCGGACGAGUUCUCUCUGGAACUAAGUAUGGCUUAAAGCAGACGCGUGGUAAAUUUGGACUUGGUGCAAAGAUGGCACUUAUCUGGUCCAAAAUGAGCACUGGGUUGCCUAUUGAGAUCCUUUCAUCAAUGAAUAGCCAAAAGUAUUCAUCGUUUUGCAGAUUAGAUAUAGAUAUUCACAGGAAUGUCCCUCAUAUUCAUGUACAUGAGAAAAGAGACAAUGAGGAACGGUGGCAUGGAGCUGAAAUCCAGAUAGUAAUUGAGGGCAACUGGACAACUUAUCGUUCCAAAAUAUUGCAUUACAUGCGACAAAUGGCUGUCAUCACUCCAUAUGCUCAAUUCCUUUUCAAGUUCCUUUCUGAAUCUCCAGAUAAAAACGUCACUGUGAGAUUUGCUAGGAGGACGGAUAUAAUGCCUCCAGCUCCCCUUGAAACUAAGUAUCAUCCAUCUGCUGUUGAUUUGCUAUUGAUCAAAAGACUUAUUGCCGAGACGUCGAAGCCAAAUCUUUUGCAAUUUCUCCAACAUGAAUUUGUGAAUGUUGGGAAGUCCCAUGCGGAGCGCUUGAUUGGGGAAAUGGGUCCUGAUUUUAGCCCCAAAAUGCCUGUUAAAUCUCUAACCUCUCAGCAAAUUGUCCGCAUCCAUCAGUUGUUCCGUCAAGCAAAGUUUGACGAUCCAAGUGGUGAUUGUCUUAGCCCUGCUGGAGAGUACAAUUUACGUUUAGGGAUUAUAAAGGAGCUUCAUCCAGAUAUGGUUGCCACUUACUCAGGAAGUCCUCAAGUUUUUGAAGGCCACCCUUUCAUUGUGGAAGCAGGGCUUAGUUUGGGUGGAAAAGAUGUUAAACAAGGUCUAAAUGUGUUCCGAUUUGCUAACCGGAUACCACUUCUAUUCGAGCAAGGUGCUGAUGUUGUCACUAGAACUGCUGCAAAGAGAAUCAACUGGAGCAAUUACAAGAUCAACCAAACACAAGAUAAGAUUGGUGUCUUUGUGAGCAUCGUGAGCACCAAAAUACCUUUUAAAGGAACUGGAAAGGAGUACAUUGGUGAUGACAUCAGUGAAAUAGCUUCUGCCGUCAAGACUGCUAUUCAGCAAUGCUGCUCUCAACUAAAAUCCAAGAUCGUGAAAAGAAUACAGGCUCGCGAGCAGCAGGAGAGGAAGCGAAGUUUGAGCAAGUACAUCCCAAACGCCACAGGUGCUAUAUACGAGGUAUUAAAGGAGAUGGCACGAGCUCAUGCUUCAAAGAAAAGGCGAUGUGAAGGGGCGGAUGCCGAAUUACUCAAACAAGUUUCGGAUAAGAUAGUUACAGAAGAAACACUGCGCGAAAAGCUUGCUCAACACGUCGACUAUGAGAUGGCACUGGAAUAUGCAACACAGACGGGUGUAAAUGAGGAACCCAAGGAAGACAUAUUCAUUCCACCACUUGAAGCUGAAUACAAGUUCACCGACUUCUACAGCCCCGUGUUUGUCUUUAGAUUUGUUCAUUAGUUAUUUACCAAAAAUACUGCAAAAUCACGGUAUAGAAACUUGAUGAAUGAGGUGGUAACGUUUUUUUUUCCUUCAUUUAGUAUAUGAGUUAUGUAUGAAUCGGCAAGUUACGGUUUCUGUAUGAUCUGGGGACUGUUGAGAUGAAGAUAAUUUAAGUGAUUUAUAUCUUCAUAUUAGUUUGAGUAAAUGGUAAGCUAUGAUUAUGUAGUUAUGGUUGCAAUAUUGUAUUUAAUAGGUUAUUAUCCUUUGCGAUAAAAAGCCAAGAGGGUUGUAAUGACGAGUAAUAUUUACGUAUGGGGACUUUGUUGCUUUGUAGUAGCAUGGUGCAA